AUGCCAAUUAGUCUCAUUGGAGGUGUAUACAAGAUCAUUUCAAAAUUUCUGGCUAAUAGGCUUAAGUUAGUCUUACCAUCAUUGAUCACUGAAUUUCAAGGAGCUUUUGUGGAUGGAAGACAAAUAACUGAUGGGAUUCUAAUUGCAGCUGAACUCAUUGAUGCUAGAGAAAGAUUUCAAAUUCUAGGGAUGGUAGUUAAAGUGGACCUUGAAAAAGAUUUUGAUAACCUCAAUUGGAAGUGUUUAGAUGUUACGAUGCAAAGAUUUGGUUUUGGUAAUGUGUGGAGAAACUGGAUUCAUUGGUGCUUAUCUUCUGUGAGGUUUUCCAUGGCUAUUAAUUGUCAAGCUUCAAGUUUGUUUAGAAGUGGAAAGGAUGUUAGGUAG